AUGCUUGAAUCUAUAGCUAAACCUAAUGAUUAUGUUGUUAUUAAACUUGAUAUUGAUAAACCAUCAUUAGAAAGUGCCUUAAUGAAACAAUUAUUAGAUGAAUUAUUUUUUGAAAAACAUGUUUCUAAUAAUUCAACAUCGAAAAAAGAUGAACUAAAAGAUUUCUACGACUUAUUUACAAAACUAGGAGAGUAUGGUAUUCGAAUGCAUUGA